AUCAGCUCAUCAACGCCUCAGCCUGAUGACUUGACAACCCCUCACUUUCAACAGCUUUGACCUGAUAAUUGUUUAGAGUUAUUCAUACCAAUAUUCUAGAAGAUAUAUACGUUGUUCUUCAUCAAACACAUAGCGACAUGGUCAGCGAAACCGACGUGGCGACAGCUGCGUUGGCUAUAGCGAUCUCAGCCUUGGUCAUCGCAGCUGGUCAACUCAUCGCCCAGCUGUUUUCAACUGCAGAUGGAUACCGUAGAUGCCAGCCUUCUGUAAUUGGAGAGUGGUACAAACUGGUUGAGCUGAAGUUCCGGUGGAGCUCAUUUCGAUACGAGGUUAAAGUCACGACACCUCACUUCGUAAUCCGGCCAAUGUAUUCAUUCAAGGGACGCGAUUCUUUUCUUUUGGACCAGAAAAAGCCUCUUCCAGAGUUUCCCUGGUCUCUGUUCAGGAAAAACUCACGAUACUUGGUCCCUCCUCACUAUGCAGCUGCACUUAUGGAUACUUCAGACUCACGCCUGGGUACUUUCACUCGUGACAGAAUGGAGACAUAUGAUAUGACAGAAGAAGACGUUCCUACGUGGGCACUUUUACUGGACGAUGUCCAUCGCUGUCAGGGGCACAGUUUCCCCUCACAGGAUUUGGAGAGUAGUAUGGCACCUAUAUGUAUCACAAGGAAAGUCCGUUCUUGGGACUUCAUGCCACCGGAUAUCGUGCGACCAGUCUCUAGCACAACAUUGGGCUGUCUAAUCACGAUGGCAUAUCGUCUGGGUAUGACAUGGUCAGACUUCCGACUUGAUGAAGGCAAGAUGCGUGCUAUUGGCAACGGACAAAGCUUUUCCACAUCGAUAGUACGCGGUAUGGGGCUGGUCGUUGAGUACAGUGGGGACUGGUCCUACAUGGGGAGUUGGAGGGGUGCAGACCGCGCGCUUAGUGUCGUUGCUGACAAGAUGACGUGUGGAAUUAUACCUGCUGGGCCCUUCGUGGAUCGGUGGGAUCUACGAUUGAGGAACGCACAAUCACCCACAGACUUGGAACUCAAUCAACUAUUUUCAACUCUCGAAAUAAAAGAGGAUGCGAAAGUAGCUUUAGAAGCAAGUUUGUCGCACAAAGAUCCGGCUCACAGACUUCCUGGGUUCACAGACGUGAUGGGAUUGUGGUGCGACUGGAUUCCCCCCCGGAACCUCCCAUCGAACAAGAUCGACAACCCAUUUCCCUUCCCAUUAACAACAAUGGGUGAAAUACCCGAGUCACGUCACGUUUGGAGGUCGGAGCUUAGAAAGCAAGAGUCAUCACUCUCGGAUACGUGUAAGCUAGUGCUGCAAUUCUACGAUAGGUGGGAAUUCAAGAACCCCCAGGGAUUUUUGAAUAACUACCGACUCAAAGGGACAUCAGACCCUGAGCUCGAUUUCUUCAAAGAGGCGUUUGACGACACAACGGCAUACCUUGGUGGACAUAUGGAAGUCAUUAAAGAAGGGCUCAUUUCUUCGGUAUACGACCUACUUAUAAGUGUGCACAUCUCUAUCAAUUCGCGAAGCGUCGAACAAGCCGAGGAGAAUAUCAAGAACAAUGCGGCACGGCGACUAGAUUCGCCUCCGAAUCAUAUGGAUCCGAUCUUCCAAGAACGCGCUUACAUUUACACCGAGAACAUACCCAAAUUCGUGGAAGAGAUGAGGAGGAGUGAGUUCCAUGAUCCCAAAAAGAACAUCUCAUAUGAAGACGUAUGGUGGAUAUUGAUGAUGCGCCUCCAUUCGUGGACCAUGAGCGUCAAUUGGGUCGAUGACAGAGGAGGCGUUAAGAUCCCGAGCGAAUACUACUAUAGUCUAGCUCGAGUGUACAUCAUGUAAAGCAGGUUCUGCCUUGUCUGAAUACUGAUUGC